AGCUGCCUGCCAGCCAUCAGCAAAACCAUCCCAACUGACCAUAAAGCUGUGAAACCAAAUGAGCUGUGUUUCAGCACCUGAGGACACCAUGAAACGUCUGCAAAGAAAGAAAAAAAUCAGCAGAUCUGUGGAAUUACUCCAGGAGCCAGGACUCCAGGAGCCGGGCUCCCCUGCCAGGAGCCAGUCGAUGAUAGACAUGAGCGCAGAGUUCCUGGGUAUGGAGGACGACCCGGACCUCCAGUUCCUUCUACGGGGAGGAGACCUACUCAAGGUCCGCUCCUCAUUCUGGAAGAAGACCCGCCAUUACAGACUCAAGGAGGACUGCAGGACCGUGUGGUACAAAUCGAAGAAAACCUUCAAGACAAAGCAGACCUUUUCACUUGAUGACAUCGAGGAGGUUCGAGAGGGCCGUCAGUCGGAGGGCUUGAAGAAGUACAUAGAGGAGCAGAUGGAGGGCCGCUGCUUCUCCAUCAUCUUCAAGGGGCGCCGCAAGAAACUGGAUCUCAUUGCCAGCUCAGAAGAGGAGGCCAAGCAGUGGGUCAGCAGCCUGCAGAAAAUGGUCUCCAACAUAAACAACCUCAGCGACCAGCAGAAGGCAGACCACUGGAUCAUCAGCUGCCUGAUGAAGUCAGAUGAGAACAAAGAUGACAAGUGGAGUCAGUCAGAGGUCAAGAACUUCCUGCAACUGAUAAACAUCGAAGUGGACGACAACUAUGCAGAAACACUCUUCAAGGAGUCCAACAAAUCAAAAUCUGGAUACUUGUCUGCAGAAGAGAUCGAACAUUUCUAUGACCUGUUGACCCAACGGAAGGAAAUCGGGGUGCUCUACAGAAGGUAUGCUACAACCACAGGCUUCAUGAGCCCUGAAAACCUGGUGGAGUUCCUGAUGAAAGAACAGAGAGAGAAAACAACGCUGGCUGACGCACACAAGAUUAUUAAGAAGUUCCCGCCUUGUCCUCAUUCAGCCAAAGAGAAGAAGCUGCUGUCCAAAGAUGGCUUCCUCAUGUACCUGCAAAAUCCUGAGGCCUUGGUCCUCAAUCCAGAGCACAAGAAGGUGUACCAGGACAUGAGCCAGCCUCUCAACCACUACUUCAUCUCCUCCUCGCAUAACACCUAUCUCAUGGAGGAUCAGCUCAAAGGGCCCAGCAGCACCGAGGCUUAUAUCAAUGCUCUGAAGAAGGGCUGCCGCUGUGUGGAGCUGGACUGCUGGGAUGGAUCAGAUGACGAGCCAGUGAUCUCUCAUGGCCACACACUCACCUCCAAGAUCCUCUUCAAAGACGUGAUCGAAGUUAUCAAGGAGUAUGCCUUUAAGACGUCCGAUUACCCAGUGAUCCUCUCCCUGGAGAACCACUGCAGUGUGAAGCAGCAGAGAGUUAUGGCCCACCAUAUGACCUCCAUCCUGGGCAGUGCACUCGUCACCUCUCCUUUGGGGGAAGGAAUGCCCACAAACUUCCCUUCUCCUGAGGAGCUAAAGCGGAAGUUCCUGAUUAAAGGGAAGAGGUUAAACAAACUUGAGACCUGCUUUGCUACUGAGGCGGCCACUGAUGAGGACACCGAUGUGACGGAGGAGGAAGAGUUCAGUGAUGAGGAUGAACUGGAGGAGGAAGAAAAGAGGAAGAAACUAGCGAAAGAGCUGUCCAACUUGGUGAUCUACUGUGAGAGCGUCCACUUCCACGGCUUUAAGCAUGCCAGAAAGAACCAGAGCUUCUACGAGAUGUCUUCCUUCCAGGAAGGAAAGGCCAUGGAUCUGGCAGAGAAAUGGGCUAAUGCCUACAUCCAUCAUAAUGUGGACAAGCUGAGCCGCAUCUAUCCAAAAGGCACCAGGACUAACUCGUCCAACUACAACCCAGUACCCCUGUGGAACGCUGGCUGCCAAAUCGUGGCCUUAAACUUCCAGACGACCUGCAAGAACAUGGAUUUGAACCAGGGCAGAUUCCUGAUCAAUGGGAAAAGCGGCUACAUCCUGAAACCAGCCUAUAUGAGAGACAGAUCCACAAAAUUCAACCCCAAGCACAAGAUGCUCUAUAUCACGGUUAUAUCAGCCCAGCAGCUCCCCAAAGUGAACCAGAAGAAAUCUUCCAUUGUUGACCCGCUGGUUAAAGUGGAGGUCUAUGGAGUGCCAGAUGAUGAACAAGUGCAAGAGACCAGUCAUGUUGAAAACAAUGGUUUUAACCCAAAGUGGAACACAAAAUUCCAGUUUGAUGUGCACGUGCCAGAGCUGGCACUGGUGCGCUUUGUUGUGAAAGACCAUGAAUCCAUGUCUGCUAAUGAGUUUGUUGCACAGUACACACUUCCAUUCAACAGCUUAAAAAUGGGAUACAGACAUGUGCCUCUGCUUGAUAAAAACGGAGACCCUCUCCCCUCAGCUGGACUCUUCGUGCGCAUCAAUGUCCUCGAUGUUGAAUAAAAUGUUACUGCCUGGCUUUGUCUCGUUGCAGGACACUAGGACUUCCAUCACAUAGCUAUGUUUUAGCUAUUUUUAAUUGAAUUUUGUAUUCUUUUUUUUUUUAAUGCUCUUUAGCUGUAGUCCAUAAUUAACUUGUUGGCUUACAUUCUUCUCACAGUAGUGUGACAGUAGUGUCAGUUUAAACUAAAACUCUCCAUCUACAACUGGAAAUUAGUAGUGUUGGUAGGUGGGUACAUGCAUGCAAAUACUGUACAUACACACACUUCACAAUGCUGCAUAUGAAUCACAUUACAGGAACUAUUAUUCAACCUUUUUUAAUUGGUUUGUAUGAGUUGCACUAGUGAUGGCAUUGAUUUUUUUUUUUGUAGACAACAUGUGUCCCUCAUUUCUGGUCAGUUAACAUAUUGUGUAUUAAAAUCUCUUUAUUCAAAUGACCAGUUCAUGAAUUCUGGAUAAACUAUGUGCUUUGUUUUAAUCAGUACUUUUAGUCAAGUAUGAAUCAUUUUUCAUGUAACAUCAUA